AUGUUUCGAGCACGACGAUAUCGCAUUUCUCUGGUGUUCGCCGCCAUAUUUGUCCUACUUGUACUCCACUUUAGCCGGUCUCACAGUCACGAUCAAUCAGCGAUUUUACAGGCCCCUCCGCCGCCCGUCGAUCAUCAUACUCCCCCUUUCCCGGAUCCGAAGGUCAAGGACACGGACACAAGUAACAAUGGCGAGGCCACCAGUGGGCCUCCUGCGCUGGAACAACCCGGACAACAUCAGCCACCACCUUUCACAGGUCCAGAUGACAGCUCUGCUGUGUCAAUCGAACAUCCGAGCAUCCCGAACAAUGCACCAUCCCAGGUCCAUGAAGUGGGCGGCGCAAAGCCCCAGACUGGUGCACAGACCCAAAGUACACAUGAUGAAGUUGAUGAUGUUACUACCUCGAUACCCCACUGGAAGCCAAUGCCCGAGCGGCAUCCGAUUAGCCCGGAGUCUCUGAUCAAGCUUCCAACUGGGCCGUCAAAGGCGCUGCCCCAACUACAAGCGAAGCUCAAAGACGAGUCGUCAUCCGACAAAAUGCAGCGACUGCAACAGCUUGACACUAUUAAGUCGGCGUUUCUACAUGCGUGGAACGGUUAUAAAAUAUCCGCGAUGGGCCAUGACGAGGUUAGACCCCUUCGAGGUGGAUACAAGGACACCUUCAAUGGCUGGGGUGCAACUCUUGUCGAUGCUUUGGAUACUCUGUGGAUAAUGGAUCUCAAAGAGGAAUUCUCCAUGGCAGUCGACUAUGUGAAGAAGAUCGAUUUUACCACCAGUACCAAGAAAGAGAUCCCAGUUUUCGAGACCGCAAUUCGCUACCUAGGCGGCAUGCUCGGCGCCUACGAUAUUUCGGGACACAAGUACGAUGUACUCCUAGACAAGUCUAUUGAGCUUGCGGAUGUCUUGAUGGGCGCCUUUGACACGCCGAACCGGAUGCCAACUCUCUAUUACAAAUGGAGUCCAGAGUAUGCAUCCGAACUUCGCCGAGGCGAUUUCAAGGCCGUCCUUGCGGAGCUUGGCUCACUCUCUAUGGAAUUUACACGUUUGGCGCAGUUGACGAAGCAGGAUAAAUACUACGAUGCUAUUGCACGUAUUACCAAUGAGCUUGAAAAAUAUCAAGAUUCAACCAAGCUUCCCGGUUUAUGGCCUCUCAACCUGGACGCGUCCGGAUGCAGAAGGGUUCCAGGUAUCUCACGAGAGCCUGCUGCAGCUGGGCAGCCGGUCAGAGGGUCCGCUUAUGAGAUCAAUUCUACGAGCUCUGCAGUCCCACUUCAUGCGAGACAAAUCCAUGAAGGCGCAGAGCCAGCCCACUACGGAGCUGAUCAUUCGGAAACGGAACCUCUGGAAUCAAUUGACACUCGAACACCUCCCCCAAAGCAAGAUUGUUCCGCGGGCCUCAACAAUCAACUUUCGGGCAUGGACAAAUUUGGGCUUGGUGCCCUUGGUGACUCUACAUACGAGUACUUGCCGAAAGAGUAUAUGCUGCUAGGCGGUAACAACGACCAGUACCUGACCAUGUAUCAAAAGGCCAUGGACACAGUACGAGAGCAACUUGUUUACCAGCCGAUGCUCAAGAAUAAUCGCGAUGUCCGCUUUUUGGCUACGGUCACCAUGACAAAGGAUCUUGACGCAAAUCCUCCAGGUCGUACCAUUUUCUCCUACGAAGGUACUCACCUUACCUGCUUCGCCGGAGGAAUGUUUGCCAUCGGCGCCAAGUUAUUCGGUAUCGAAAAAGACCUCAAGCUGGGUAGUCAGCUGACGGACGGCUGUGUCUGGGCAUAUGAGGCCACCAAAUCCGGGAUCAUGCCGGAAGCAUUUCAGCUGGUCCCUUGUAAGAAGGGCGAGCCCUGCGAGUGGGACGAGGAUGCAUACUACAUGGCUAUGGAUCCUUACGCCGACAAACGGCCCAUUUCACACAGUAAGCGAUUUGCCGAUCCUGAAAAGGGAAAUUGGCAUGUCGUCGCAACCCCCGAAUCGACUCCAUCUGCCAAAGAAGAUGGAACCGAAAAAUCGGCCGCCACUGAAGGGCGACAUGUCGGUACAGCGGCCGGGGCCGGCGCGCUCUCGCAUGAGGAAUUCGUUACGGGGAAGAUCCUCAACGACCGACUUCCGCCUGGCAUGACAGGGAUCUCAGCUCGCAAGUACCUCCUUCGUCCGGAGGCGAUCGAGUCUGUAUUCAUCAUGUUCCGCCUUACAGGAGACCCUAUCUGGCGCGAGAAGGGUUGGAAGAUGUUCCAGGCUGUGGACAAAGCCACGAAGACGGAGUUGGCCAACUCGGCCAUUUCCGACGUUACCGUUGAUGAGCCGCGGCCCGUGGAUAGCAUGGAGUCAUUCUGGCUUGCAGAGACUCUGAAAUACUUCUACCUUCUAUUUAGCGAUUCGAGCCUAGUGAGUCUUGACGAAUAUGUCUUGAACACUGAGGCUCAUCCAUUCAAGCGUCCUGUGUACUAA